UAUAUAAAUGUGAGUGCAACUCAAUCUUGUUUUUCGAAUUUGUGAUUCAAAACUGUUCUCCCCAAAUCUUGAGCGUAAACAUGGCGGAGGCCAGCGACAGUGCCGGAAUACCCCGAUGGUCUCUCAAAGGCUUCACCGCUCUCAUCACCGGCGGCACUCGCGGAAUCGGUCACGCUGUGGUGGAGGAACUAGCAGGUUUGGGCGCCUCGGUCCACACCUGCUCCCGGAACCAAUCGGACCUCAAUCAGUGCUUGAAGGAAUGGGAGGCCAAGGGUUUUGUGGUAACUGGAUCGGUUUGUGAUGCUUCUUCAAGAACCCAAAGAGAGGAGCUGAUACAGGAAGUGGCGUCUUCUUUCAAUGGUACUCUCAAUAUCCUGGUAAACAAUGCGGGAACAAACAUAAGAAAGCCAACUGCCGAGUACAGUUUGGAAGAUGUUUCAACAUUGAUGACAACAAACUUUGAAUCUGCAUAUCAUUUAUCCCAACUUUCUCAUCCUCUUUUAAAAGCUUCUGGAAAUGGAAGCAUUGUGUUCAUUUCUUCGGUUGGUGGUCUCGUGAGCGUUGGAAGUGGUUCCAUUUAUGCUGCAACUAAAUCUGCAAUAAAUCAACUGACCAAAUAUCUUGCUUGUGAAUGGGCCAAGGACAAUAUCAGGGUCAAUGGUGUUGCACCCUGGUAUAUCAAUACCCCUCUUGUAGAAAAGAAAACAAAUGUUGUGCAUGGACCAAGGCAUGUGGCAGUCCUUUUAAUUUUAUCCUCCUUUCUCUGAAAUCUCUAUGAAUGUUAAAUCAAUUCACUUUGGCAACAUUUGAUUCUAUAACUAUUGGAAGUAAAAGGACCAAAAUAAUAUUCAAGCCUACAUUUUGGUCCUGAAAAUUUUUUUUCAUCAACAUUUAGUGACAGAACAUUCUGCAGUUCAUAUAUCUUUUGAGUCUAAAAGUGUCCGUCUUUAUUGCAUGUGUUUUUACCCAUAAACCUCUUGAAUGUUUAACUAAUAACAAGGGUUAUUAUCAUCAUAGUUGCUGAAUAAUAAGACGUUGGUGGACAACAUAGUGUCUCGAACUCCUCUCAGGCGCAUAGGGGAAUCGAAGGAAGUGUCAUCUCUGGUGGCAUUCCUUUGCUUGCCUGCUGCAUCUUACAUUACGGGACAGAUCAUGUCUGUUGAUGGAGGAUUCACUGCAAAUGGAUUUGAACCUGGUAUGAGACUAGACAAAUUGUGAAAAACGCAGUUCUGCUUCUUAUAUCAUUGGGUCAGAUGUGUUUCUUUAAUAAUCUUUUAUGCUAAAUAAUGCGUUUCUC